AUGUCUGAUGAUGGUCAGGACCAACACAAGCGUGUGACGGUGAAGUCCAACCCUGGAUUCCUGGAGCGAAUUGGUCAAACUGCAGGAGGAACAGUUGUUGGCAUUGGGCUGUUUUUCCUCUCGUUUUAUGUUCUCUUCACCAAUGAGGGACGAGCUCUGCAAACAGCAUCGUCUUUGGAUGAAGGGCUCUCUCAGGUUGUAUCGCUGGUGUCUUAUUCCAGCCUCGACCUGCAGAACAACAACCGUUUAGUUCAUCUGUCUGCUCAGCUGCACACUCUGCAGCCCCUACAUGACCCCAACUACAAAGUGGUGGUGCAGGCGGUGAAGCUGAGGAGGCAGGUGGAGAUGUAUCAGUGGGUGGAGUAUCGCGAGAGCAAGGACUAUAAGGAGAAUGGUGAAACCAAGACGGAGACGACCUACACCUACAACACUGAGUGGAAAUCAGAGUUGGUGAACAGCCGUAACUUUGACAAGGAAAUCGGUCACCAGAACCCAAGCGCCAUGCCAGUUGAAAGCGUGACGGUGGUGUCUCCUGAAGUUCAAGUUGGACCUUUCAUCCUGUCCAAAGGCCUGGUGGAACAGAUCAGCACCUUCCAGACUCUGAGUCUGAGGGAUUACCCAGUCUUUAAUCUGGACCCUUUUCUCUCCAUUCAUGAUGAUUAUUUCUAUCACACUCAGUUUCCAAACAGGCCACAGGUUGGAGAUGUGCGUGUGAGAUUCUCCUUCGCUGGACUGAGCGGUGAAAAGUCUCCCCUUGGGCCGCCUCAAAUUGUUAGUAUUGUAGCCAUGCAAAGAGGAGAGCAGCUGAUGGCCUUUAAAACCAAGUCGGGAGAUGUCCUGGAGAUCCUGUACCUGGAGGAACUCACUGCAGAGGAAGUGUUUGAAAGGGAACAUCGGUACAACCAUAUGAAGACGUGGGGGCUCAGAGCUGCAGGCUGGGCCCUCAUGUUCAUUAGCAUUCAGCUGACGACACGCAUCCUCUACACGCUGGUGGAUUGGGUUCCUCUCCUCAGGGAGCUCGUGUCCUUCGGCCUGAUGAUCUUCGCUCUCUGCCUCUCCUGCUCGCUGUCUCUCCUCGUCGUCGGGAUAGGUUGGCUUUUUUACCGUCCGUUAGUGGCGCUAGCUCUGGGAGCACUAGCUCUGCUCCCAGUGUUUUUGGUCCGCUCGGGUCUUCAGCCAAAGAAGAACGAAUGACUCAAUAGAAGAUUCA